GGAUUAACGAACAGCUAAUGUUGUGGGUCCUCUCAGCGUAGAGCAUGCAGAGCUGAAGACGGCUAAAGAAGGGUUAAUUUUUAGUUUAUAGCAAAUAUAGUUCAUUAAUUAACUGUAGGUGGAGAGCGACCGUCUCCACGUAUCAUCAGCGACUCCUCGGUCUUCUCCCUCUGUAUUGGUCUGCGGUCUUUGAGGAGCCAUGACGGUCGUGAUCGGGUUCGAGGGGAGCGCCAACAAAAUCGGCAUCGGAAUCAUCCGGGAUGGGGAGGUCCUGUCGAACCCGAGGAGGACCUACAUCACCCCCCCGGGCCAGGGGUUCCUGCCCAGCGAGACGGCCCGCCACCACCGCGCCGUGGUGCUCACCGUCCUGCAGGAGGCGCUGCAGCAGGCGGGCCUGACCCCCGCGGACAUAGACUGUGUGGCCUACACCAAGGGCCCGGGGAUGGGGGCGCCCCUGCUGACGCUGGCCCUGGUGGCGCGGACGGUGGCCCAGCUGUGGGGCCGCCCCCUGGUGGGCGUCAACCACUGCAUCGGCCACGUGGAGAUGGGCCGGCUCAUCACGCAGGCCCACAACCCCACCGUGCUCUACGUCAGCGGGGGCAACACGCAGGUCAUCGCGUACUCGGAGCGGCGCUACCGGAUCUUCGGGGAGACGAUCGACAUCGCGGUGGGAAACUGCCUGGACCGCUUUGCCAGGGUCAUCAAGAUCUCCAACGACCCCAGUCCAGGGUACAACAUAGAGCAGAUGGCCAAGAGGGGGAGUCGCUACGUAGAACUGCCCUACACAGUGAAGGGUAUGGACGUGUCUUUCUCCGGGAUCCUGUCCUUCAUCGAGGAAGCGGCCAAUAAGAUGCUGGCAUCUGCUGAGUGCAGUGCAGAAGACCUCUGCUUCUCCCUGCAGGAGACGCUGUUCUCCAUGCUGGUGGAGAUCACGGAGCGUGCCAUGGCCCACUGCGGCUCCCAGGAGGUCCUCAUCGUGGGGGGAGUCGGCUGUAACCUACGGCUACAGGAGAUGAUGGGUGUUAUGUGUAAAGAAAGAGGAGCAAAGCUGUUUGCCACGGACGAAAGGUUCUGCAUCGAUAACGGAGCCAUGAUCGCUCAGGCCGGCUGGGAGAUGUUCCGCUCGGGUCAGGUGACGGAGCUCCACGACUCCUGGAUCACCCAGAGGUACCGCACGGAUGAGGUGGAGGUGACCUGGAGGGACUGAGAUCACCCGGGACCCGGACUACACACCUGUCUGCAGGGAGGAGGGAGUCGCGACAACCUUCUGGAGUUCAUUUAAUUAACGUUUUGCCUUUUUCCUUACUGUAAUAAAGUUGGUCUCCUAGUAGACUUUAUAUUUUCAA